CAGCGUCCAGUCCGGUGGAGCCCCGGCCUGACCGGGCCAUGUCGGCGGAGCCAGAGCUCAUUGAACUACGGGAGCUGGCACCGUCUGGGCGCAUCGGCCCUGGCCGUACCCGGCUGGAGCGUGCCAACGCUCUGCGCAUCGCGCCGUGCACGGCACGCAAUCCGUCCCAGCAGCACGUCCCCGGUCGUGGCCACCGCUUCCAGCCUGCUGGUCCCACCACGCACACGUGGUGCGACCUCUGUGGAGACUUCAUCUGGGGCGUCGUGCGCAAGGGCCUCCAGUGCGCGCACUGCAAGUUCACCUGCCAUUACCGCUGCCGUGCGCUCGUCUGCCUGGACUGCUGCGGGCCCCGAGACCUGGGCUGGGACCCCGCACUGGAAAGGGACACGAACGUGGAUGAGCCUGUACAGCGGGAGACACCCGAUCUUUCUCAGACUGAGACUGAGCAGAAGAUCAAGGAUUACAAUGGCCAGAUCAACAGCAACCUCUUCAUGAGCCUGAACAAGGAUGGCUCCUACACAGGCUUCAUCAAGGUGCAGCUGAAACUGGUACGUCCUGUCUCAGUGCCUUCCAGCAAGAAACCACCUUCUUUACAGGACGCCCGGCGGGGCACAGGGCGGAGCACAGCUGUGAGGCGCCGCACCUCCUUUUACUUGCCUAAGGAUGCUAUUAAGCACUUGCAUGUUCUGUCACGAACACGGGCACGUGAGGUCAUUGAGGCCUUGCUUCGCAAAUUCAUGGUAGUAGAUGAUCCUCGCAAGUUUGCACUCUUUGAACGAACUGAACGCCAUGGCCAAGUGUACUUCCGGAAACUGUCAGACGAUGAACAGCCCUUGAAGCUCCGGCUUCUUGCAGGGCCUAGUGAGAAGGCCCUGAGCUUUGUCCUGAAAGAGAAUGACUCUGGGGAGGUGAAUUGGGAUGCCUUCAGCAUGCCUGAACUGCACAAUUUCCUACGUAUCCUGCAGCGGGAAGAAGAGGAACACCUCCGACAGAUCCUGCAGAAGUAUUCUCGGUGCCGCCAGAAGAUCCAGGAAGCCUUGCAUGCCUGCCCUUUGGGGUGACCUUUCGUGUCCCUGGGUGGCAGGAGGAAAAUAGGCAAUGCGAAGAGCGUGCCGUGUGAGUGUGAUAGGGCCCGUGGGGCCUGAGGAAUGAGUGUGCGUGGAGGUUCUCCUCUGCUAAGGGAAUGAGCCCAGAGACAAGGGAAGGAGCUGGCCCUCUACCAGGGGGUCUCGUGGGGCAUGGCUUUGCAGCCCUCUGCCCUCGUAUACUGGGUCAUACUCUGGGUAGCUGCUCCAGGCUUUCAUCAGGGUCUCAGCCGUGAGAAUCUUAGAGACUCUACAAACAGAACCAGGUUAUGUUUGCAGGGCUGAGGGCCCUUAUCUAUGGAGAAAGAUUGUUCUGGGUGGUGAAUAAGUCUCAGGGUAGCCAGUCAGAGCCCAGGGUACCUGCUCAGAAUAAUACAGGCGUUACGGUAGGGUCUGUUUCCUCUUACAGUGCCUUAUGACUUAUACACAUCCCCUGAGGUCAGGGAAGGCUGGCAAGUCCAGCCACAACGCCUCAGCGCCGCCUCUAAGGAAGAUGUUGCUGAACCAGACCCACUUCUUGUUUGCCAAAGCCAGAGUCUCCCUCAGAUAGUUUUGAUGGAAGUGUAUGAAUGUAUGUAAUGCUUUGUGGCCUCAACUGAAUGCCUCCUGUGGGGAAAGGGAUGGGGGUGUGACAGUCAUCAUCAGGGCCUGAGACCUGAGAGAAUUGGCUGAAUAAAGAUUUAAGAAUUUU